AGUGUAACUCAACUAUCAUAAUACUUGUACUAUCGACCCAACGACCAAGGAUCGAGACUUUUGUAUUACAGAAUAGUAAUAGACGACAACCAAAGUCUUCAGCUUUAUCUUACAUUUACCCAAACUCACAUCACACACUUGUUCAUCACCUCUAAACUAUUGAGCAGCCUGCUUCCAAAGCUCCCUCCUUUGUCAUCCACCAUGGCUGAAGCUAUUCUCUUCAACGUUACUGCAGACAUCAUAUUCAAACUGGGCUCUUCCCUACUCCGAGAGUUUGGAUCGCUGUGGCGUGUCAAGGAUGACCUUGACAAACUCGAAGACACUCUUUCUGCCAUUCAAUCUGUGCUUCACGACGCAGAGGAGCAGCAGUCCAAGAACAGUCAAGUGAAUGAUUGGGUUUUAAAGCUUAAGGAUGUUUUGUACGAGAUUGAUGACUUGAUCGACAAGUCGUCUUAUGAAACCUUGAGAAGGCAAGUUCUAGCCAAAGACCGAAGAAAGAGAAAACAAGUAUGUACCCUCUUCUCCAAAUUUAAAUUUAGUUGGAAAAUAUGUCACAGAUUCAAGGAAAUUAGGCAGAGGUUACAAGCUAUUAAUGAUGAUAAAAAUCAAUUUAGCUUUUGUAAGCAUGUGAUAGAGAAAAGGGAAGACGAAGGGUUGAGAAAGAGACGGGAGACUCACUCUUUUAUACUUGAAGAGGAAGUGAUUGGUAGGAGUAAUGACAAUGAAGCAGUCAUAGAUCUUCUACUAAAUUCCAACACCAAAGAGAAUAUUGCAGUAGUUUCCAUUAUUGGAAUGGGAGGAUUGGGAAAGACUACCCUUGCUCAAUCUAUUUAUACCCAUCACAAUAUGACUAAGAAUGGGUUUCAGUUGAAGUUAUGGGUGUGUGUUUCCGAAGAAUUUGAUCUGAAAGUUAUUAUCCAAAAGAUAAUAGAGUCUGCAACUGGGAAGAAGCCUGAAUCAUUCCUACAAAUAGAUUCAUUACAAAGUGAGCUUAGAAAACAAAUUGAUGGAAAGAAAUAUUUGCUUGUUAUGGAUGAUGUGUGGAAUGAGAAAACAGAGGAAUGGUUACAUCUGAAAAGAUUGUUGAUGUGUGGUGCAAAGGGUAGUAGGAUUUUGAUCACAACACGCAGUGAACAAGUUGCUAAAACUUUUGACUCUACUUUCGUCCAUUCUUUACGAAUUUUGAAUGCACCCAAUUCUUGGUUAUUGUUUCAAAAGAUGACAGGUUUGGAAGGAUAUUCAGACAAUCAAGAGGAGCUUGAUGAAAAGGAUUCAAAUUUGGUCCAAAUCGGCAAGGAGAUUGUAUCAAGGUUAAAUGGUGUUCCUCUCGUAAUAAGAACCAUUGGAGGACUUUUAAAAAAUAACAAAUCAGAAAGAUUUUGGUUGUCUUUUAAGGAUAAGGAACUUUACCAAAUUUUGGAACAAGGAUAUAAUGAUCUAAAGGAAAUAAAAUUCAUUCUUGAGCUCAGCUAUAAGUAUCUCCCAACUAAUUUGAAGCAAUGUUUCCUCUAUUGUGCUUUGUUCCCCAAAGAUCAUGAAAUUCAAAAGGAUGAACUUAUAUUACUAUAGAGAGCACAAGGUUUCAUUCAAUCAAAUGGUAAUAAAGAUGAUAACCUCAUUGAUAUUGGUGAUGAUUAUUUCAUGGAGUUAUUAUCAAGGUCAUUUUUUCAAGAGGUUGUAAAAAAUGAUUUGGGAGACAUAAAAGCAUGUAAGAUGCACGAUUUGAUGCAUGAUAUGGCUUGUUCGAUAAUGAAUAAUGAAUGUGUGUGUGGAUUGAUCAGAAAUGUCAUCGAUAAAAGAACUCGUCACUUUUCAUUGGAAGAAUAUUGUCAUGAAAAUCAACUUAUGGAACCAUUAUCUAAGGCGACAUAUUUGAGGACACUUUUUAUUCGAAAUUGUGCUGUUGAUUCCCCAUCGAAUUUGGAAGAAAUCUUUCAUAAUAUUUCUCGAUUGCGAGCAUUGUGAGCAUUAGACUUAAGUUUUGGCUUAAAUACAAAUAAUUUGGAGUUUAUUGGUAAGUUGAAACAUUUGAGAUAUUUGAGGAUUGUGGGGAGAAUUACAUAUCUUCCAGAUUCUAUUACGAAGUUGUAUCAUUUAGAAACAUUUAUCAUUAAAUGCUGUGAUCAUUUAGUAAAUUUAUCCAGUGUAGAAAACUUGAUUAACCUUAAGCAUUUGGAUCUUUCAGAUAAUUUUAAAUUAGAAUCUCUUCCCGAUUCUAUUACUGAAUUGUGUAAGUUGGAAAUACUUAUCCUUCAAAGUUGUAGGAUAGAAUUUCCCAAAGUUGUAAAAGAUUGGAGCAAUCUUAGGCAACUUGAUCUUACAGACAAUACAAGUAUAGUAUUCCUUCCUGACUUUAUUACUCAAUUAAAUAAUUUGGAAACACUUAUCCUUUUUCGGUGUAUAAAUUUAAAAGAAUUGCUGGAAGAUACUAAAAGAUUGAUCAACCUUAAGCAUCUUGAUUUGAGAGAAUGUUUUAGUCUCACUCAUAUGCUAGAAGGGUUAGGUGAGCUAACUAAUCUUCAAACAAUAAAUCAGUUUGUGUUAGAAAAGAAUAAGGGCUGUGAAUUAAAGGAGUUGGGUGGACUUAUCAAGUUGAAAGGAAUAUUAAGUAUUCAAGGAUUGAAAUUUUGUACAAGUAUUGAUGGAGAAACGAAGGGUAAAUUCUUGCAACUAACGUCAGGUCUUCAAGAGUUGAAAUUAGAUUGGUGGAAACAAGGUGCACAUAAUGAACUUACAAGUUUUGAGUUGGACGAUGUGAUCUACGAAAGUGUUUUAGAUUGCUUACAACCACAUUCAAAUCUUCAAAAGAUAUCUAUUCAUAACUACGGUGGAUUGAAGUUAUGUAAUUGAAUAUCCUCUAAUUUCCUCGGUUGUCUUGUCACUAUAUGUUUUUCUCAUUGUAAUAGAUUGCAACAUCUCCCCCGAUUCGAUCAGUUUCCUAGUCUCAAGCAUCUUGAGCUUGAUUACUUACCCAACGUCGAGUACAUUAUUGAUGUCAACAAUGAUGAUUAUGUUUCUUCAUCAACAUUUUUUCCAUCCCUCGAGGAAUUACGGAUUUCGAAGAUGCCUAAGUUGGUGAGAUGGUGCAAGGGUACAACUCCUAUAAUAUUUCCUUACCCUUUUGAAUUAACUAUUAAUGAUUCUUCUCCUCUGCAUGUGUUGAAGUCUUUCCAUGCACCUAAUUUGAAGGCAUUGCGAAUUGGUCUGUCAGAUGAUGAGUUGGAUGUUGUACCAUGGAAAGAUUAUGAAAACCUCACCUCUCUACAUCUCGUCUUUGUGAGUAAUUUGGAGUACUUGCCCGAGUGUUGGCAACAUUAUAUGAAACCUCUUCAACAUCUUUCUUUAGAUUCUUGUGAAAAUUUGAAGAGCCUACCAGAAUGGAUUGGUAACCUCACCUCACUCACAGAAUUAUAUAUUCGUAAUUGUGAAAAGCUAACUUCGCUACCACAUGGAAUUGGCAACCUCAACUCACUCACACGAUUGGGGAUUGAUUCUUGUCGAAAUCUAGCUUCGCUACCAGAAGGGAUUCGACACAUCCCUAAUUUAAAAUGCUUAGACAUUGUCGAAUGUCCCAUAUUGGAAAAAAGCUGCAAGGAAGACACCGGAGAAGAUUGGCCUAAGAUUGCCCAUAUCCCCGACCUACGAAUUUACUACACUCAUUAUUGACUUCCAAAAAGGCUACAACUGUAUAUGAAGUAUAUAUGUCAUAUAUGCACCAUCAUACCAUACAUGGUUGUUUUCUUAUGUCAUUAAAUCUUUUUACUGAUUUUGAUGGUAGUGAUUGUAUAACUGUAGAUGAAUCUCUAAUGUUACCGAUUUUUAUCUGAGAAGACUGCUUCAAAAUACUUUGGAAGAAAAUUGAACAGAGAAUAACAUAAUGGGUAAUAUAAUAUUGAUAAAAUUGAUUUCAACUGAUUAUUAUGUAGACAUUUAUAGAACUAAUUACCAAUUUGGGAUAUAAUGAUUUUGGGCUUUGGUGUUCAUUGUACACAUUACUUGUUGUUUAAUCUUUACCAUUGAAAUUGAGAUUGUUUUUUGGAAUCUUACAGUACUUUGCACCUUGCUUAAAUAGAGAGGAGAAUAGCAGCUGCUUGUGGAGGGACGAACUAAAGAGAAUUAUCCAAAAUAAAAUUUAAUGAAAGAGUGCAGUUUAAGCUAUGGAAGACUUUCAUUCUGAAGAAGUGUAAGCUCUUCUUUUGGUCAGCUCUCUAUGGUGAGGUGAACACUGCUGAUAAGGUCCAAACAAUAAAUUCCAAUAUUUCUCUUUGUGGAAUAAAUUUCUAUUGGGUUUGGGAUAUGUUGAGGGUGCUAAAUAUAUGUUAACCUAGUUGAGAUAUCCGAGUGCACCUCCCGAUCCCUCUUUAUAUAUUCUCCAAUUUCGUGCUAAAAAAAAGAGAUAUAUUAGUUGUUGUGUACAUGUUAUUAUUGAUAGUGGAGAUUUUGACUACGGUAACA